GACUGAUCGGGAGGCAGUCGAGGGAGCAAGCGACGGAGAGAUUUCGAACAGCCACCAACCAACUCGUUUGAUCGCUCGCCAUCGUCGCCAUCAUCACCAUCAACCCGACGCAAGCCCUGGGAUUUAAUCGUUGCGGUUAUUCGCGUGGAGAAGAGGACCCUCCGUGGCUGUGCCGCUGAGUGGUGAAUCCCGGACUCUUCUCGACAGAGCGCGCUCGACUGCGCUAGAGGCCGCGCGGCCCGAACGGGCAUCCCCGGCUCGAUCCGUGGAGGAGGGUGGGGGUACGUGGGGUGGCGACGGUGGUGGUAACCGUGGUGGAGCUGGAGGUGGAGGAGGAGGUGGAGGAGGAGGAGGAGGAGGUGGUGGACGAGCAAAUCGGAGGCCUCGAUGGACCUGCUCGGAGUGGCCCCGUGACGGACGCCGCUCGCGAUGGACAUUGUCGACGAGAAUGAGGCUCUCAGCCGCUUCUUCGAGAGGACGGGAGCCGGUCCAGAGACGGGACAAGACCUGGACAUCUCCAACAUAGACACCUCCAUUCUCGAGCAGUACAUCAACGAAAACGAGGACCUCGGCGUGGCGGAGCUGCCGGCCGGCGCGUCGCACGCCCCCUGCCCGACCCCAGGACACGCCGGCCACCCCGGCCACCCCGGCCACGCUGGCGGUGCCGGGGCCGCCACCACCGCGGCCGGUGCCGCCCCGCGCCACGGGGCCCUCGCCGCGGCGGCAGCCUCGCCUCCGGCCGACGGGCUCGCGGCACGCGGCCCACGCGGACCCCUCGCUCCGCAGCUGCAGCAGCAGCUACAGCUGCAGCAGCAGCAACAGCAGCAGCAACAGCAGCAGCAGCUGCAGCAGCAGCAGCAACAGCAACCUCCGCUACCGCUACUGCCGCCCGGCACCAACAGCAGCCUCCUGGGCCACGGGGAGCUGCGCCGGUUGCACAGCGCCCCCGCCCAGCGCACCGCACCCUACCGGCCCGGGAAUCUCCCGGAGUCGCCGCCGGACUCCAGCUCGGAGGCCUUCUCUCCGCAGCAGAUGGACGAGACGCGACUCCAGCACCUGACGCCGGACAGCUUCUGCCAAAUGUCGAGCCCGCUGGCUCACCCCCACGCGCACCUGCAGCAGGGAACGCACCCACACGUCCACGCGCACCUGCGCCAGCAGCAUCAGCAGCAGCAGCAUCAGCAACAGCAGCAGCAUCUCCAUCAUCAGCCUCAGCCGCCGCAGCAGCAACCGCAACAGCAGCAACCGCAGCCGCAGCAGCAACCGCAGCAGCAGCCGCAUCAGCCGCAAUACUCCCUCCCGCCCCAAGUCCACAUUUCGCCGCACACGCAGAUCACGCACCACCCUCACCACAUGAUGCCGCAUCGGACCGCUGCCCCGACCAUGGGGUUGUCUCUCAACGUGCAGCAGCAGCAGCACGCGGCAAGUCCGGCCGCUUACUACGGCCGGGAGGCGCCUUACGGGCCACCGGCUUACCCGCCAGCGUCUCAAGGGUGCAACCCGGCACUGGACGUGAACCAUCAGCAGCAGCAGCAGCAGUCGCAUGUCCUGCAGCAGCUGUUGCAGCCGAACGCUGAUCCGAUGGUCCACCAGGCGAAGAAGCGGAAGCACUCGGACUCCCCCACGAGCACGCUCACGGGGCACAUGUUGAGCAGCCUCAACCCCAUCAAGCAGGAGCCAGGAAUGAUCGGCGACUGCGGCAGCGACGUCUACAGCUACGACUGCGACAGCCUCAACGGCUCCUACCUGGACCCCAGCUACCAGUGCCUCAAGUGGCAGCCGUUCCAGCAGAACAAGUGGUGCUCGCUGCUCGAUGGCUCCUGCAAGGAGCUGCUGAUGCCCACGUACCGCGUGGACGCCGACAAGGGCUUCAACUUCUCAGUGCCGGACGACGCGUUCGUGUGCCAAAAGAAGAACCACUUCCAGGUGACGGUGCACGUGGCCAUGAUGGGGUUGCCGCGCUUCGUCAAGGCGCCCGACGGCACCAAGCCCGUCGACUGCUUCUACAUCAAGCUCUACGGGGUCAAGAUGGAGGCCACCAACCAGAGCAUCAACAUCGAGCAGUCGCAGUCCGAUCGCAGCAAACGGCCCUUCCACCCAGUCAGGGUGGACCUGCCGGCGGACCAGAUGACGAAGGUGACGGUGGGGAGGCUCCACUUCAGCGAGACGACGUCCAACAACAUGCGCAAGAAGGGCAAGCCCAACCCGGACCAGCGCUACUUCCUCCUGGUCGUGGCGCUGCAUGCUCACUCGCAGGGACAGGGUCACAUGCUCGCCGCACAGGCCUCCGAGAGGAUCAUCGUGCGGGCGUCGAACCCGGGCCAGUUCGAGAACGACUCGGAGGUGCUGUGGCAGCGCGGCCCGCAGGGCGACACGGUGUUCCACCACGGCCGCGUGGGCGUCAACACGGAGCGGCCCGACGAGGCCCUCACCGUGCACGGCAACAUCAAGGUGGCCGGCUCCAUCCUGCAGCCGUCGGACGCACGCGCCAAGGAGCACAUCCGCGACGUGGACACCACUGAGCAGCUCAAGCGGAUUUCGCGGAUGCGUCUCGUCCACUUCCAGUACAAGCCCCACUUUGCGGAGACGGUCGGCGUGGAGGUGUCACCGCAGACCGGCGUCAUCGCCCAGGAGAUUCAAAGAAUCAUCCCGGAAGCCGUGAAGGAGACCGGAGACAUGGUCUGCAACAAUGGAGAGAGGAUUGAAAACCUCUUGGUGGUUAACCAGGACCGGCUGUUCAUGGAGAACGUGGGAGCCGUGAAGGAGCUGUGCAAGCUCACGGACAACCUGGAGACGCGCAUCGACGAGCUGGAGCGCUGGAGCAAGAAGCUGCACCUGAAGCGGCUCGACAGCAUCAAGUCGAGUGUGAGCGCAGGAACCGCGAGUCAAGGGGGCAGUCAGUUUAGCCGGGCGGGCAGCAACUUCAGCCGAGGGGGCAGCAGCAGCAGCAAAGGCGGCCAUCGAAAACACGGCUCGCUGCCCCACAAGCCUCCAAGCAAGGCCGGCGCCAAGGCUCAGGCUAGCCAGCCUCACCCGGGCUGUCUGGGUCAGAGGUUCCUGCAGGGGACGAUCAUCGCGCUCGUGGUCAUCAUGGCGUUCAGUGUGGUGUCCAUGUCGACGCUGUACAUCAUGAGCCUCAAGAGUGAGGACAGCUCGUCCGAGAAGGAACUCGCCGACAUUGUGUCGAGCACUUCCAAAUACUGGACGGGCUCACAGCCGGCGACGCAACCGCCGAGUAAUUACACCACGCUGCCAAGUGGCGAGCUCCCGUGCAUCGACCUGUGCUUCAACCCCCCCUGCCGGCCCAUGUGCUGCCCACCGCCCACCGCUGCCCCAUCCACGGCCGAUCUCUCAGGCCACAAUCUCACCUCCACCGCCGCCGCCUCCUCCUCCUCCUCGUCGUCAUCGUCGUCCUCAUCAUCCCAAGCCUCCUUGCCCAAGCUCUCCGGCGGCCCGCGCUCCCGCCCGGGCGUUCGGCCCAAGUCGAUGCCGUCUCCCGACGGCCCCAACGGUGCCAACGACGCCCUGCCGGCCCGCCCCACCAAAGCGCUCGUCCAUCUGUUCGCACGCCGGCACGGAGCCGUCGCCCGCGGCGGCGGCGGAGGCUCAACCACGCACGCCAAAGGGCCACCGCUGGGUGGCGGAGGCCUCCUCGACUCGAUGGUCGGAGCGGAGAGGCAGCGGUCGCCCCUCCCGAGUCCCGCUCCUGGGUCAGCGGUCGACGGCGGGGGCGGGACGAGCGCGCCGGCCAAUCAGACGGCACCGCGGGCCGGGGGCGGAGCCGGGGGGCGGCGGAGAAGGAGCAAGAGGAGGAGGAGGAACGUGGGGGAUGUCGACUGGACUGACACCAGAGCACGGAGCAUUCAGAUCCUGGAGAGUCAGCUGACCAUCGACACCAACUACUGUGUCGCUGGGGCUCCGUGCGGGAAGGGCAACUACACCAUGGUGAUUCCCAUCAGUGGCGAAACCCCGCCCGACCAGCUUAUCCGACUUGAGCUCAACACGUCGGAGCCGCUGCUGAUGUACAUGUGUGACGCGGAGCAGACCGCACCCUGCCUCGCCAACGUGCCCCGCCCCGAGCUGCUGCGGAGCACGCAGGGCUACCAGCACACCUGGGACCUGCUCGUCGCGCCCUUCUACCGGAGCACUUACCACUUCAGGGUCGUCGUGGUGGGCCUGGCGGACUGCGGCACGAGCGCUGGGCAGGCCGAGGCCACCUUCACGGACUACCACUUCGUCUUCCAGCGCAUCUGCACCUGAGCUGCGCGAGGGACGAAGAGACGAACCCCAACCGCAGCGCCACGAGCACCACCUGGGCCCGCCCGCUCGCUCUCACGGCAGCCUCUCUCUCAUCCCUCUUGCCUUGUCCCUUUGUCCCUGUCCGUCUGUCGCUGUCCUUCUGUCUCUGUCCGUGCCCACUGACUACUAGGGCCGCAGACGCGCUGCGGAUGUUGGGGGUGUGUGUCUCCUCCCCCCACCACCACCGCCGCCUCUGCUAAGCGCUCUUCCCGGUCGUUGUUGGGUUCCUGGGUAGGUGGCCGACACGCCAAGAGCCAGGGGGCCGCCAAUGCCGCAGAUUUCAGCGACGGGGCGGACGGUGAGGUCGCUUCGCCUCUACUGCGGUGGCGGUGGUGGUAGCGGUGGUGGUGGUAGCGGUGGUGGUGGUAGCGGUGGUGGUGGUGGUGGUGGUGGUGGCGGUGGGGGCGGUGGGGGUGCAGUCGUACUGGGGACCGGGCGGGGGGCUCUUACUACGAGUGGACAGCUCCCGACCGGUGCUGGCUGGGUAGAGUGGAGGCACGAUCUGACCAAGUUGGCCCCCACUUUCUCACGGAUCACAGGAGCCCUUCUCAGACGUGGAUCUUGAAACCUCCCAGGGAGGAAGGUGCAGGGGGGGGAGGGCGGCUACGGAUUUUUUAGGGUCCUACAUUCAUAAAACAAAACCAUUGAGUGUAUUCGUUCUGAUAAAUAAUAAUAAAAUAGUAAAUUCGGGGCUCAAGGUGGGGGGUGGGGCGGGGCCAUCGCCCACGUGACCCCCUACCCCUUGAGGGUGCCCCCCUGGGAACUCUGGGUAAUCUCUGGUCACGGGACGCACGAGGCCCGGACCACACUGGGUCGAGACGAUUUCGACUCCUGUUGCCACGGAGACAUUAAGUCGUCACAAGCACCGUCUACUCAGCUGCCGCUGCUGUCCUACUGCGUAACUCAGCGGCUCCGUCACACCGAUCGGCGUUCGCGUCGCCCUCGUCGACGGGAGAAUGAUGCAGACCUCAACAUAUCGAGCGUGGCUGCCUGCUAGCCACGUGUACGCGACCGGCCAUGACGGCCUCGCAGCGGGGGAGCUUCUGGCCAAAGUGGCCCCCACACACAAAGGCAGAGACCCCCCUCCCCCCCCGUGUAGCCUCAACAGACUGCAGGAGCAAGUGCUGUUUGCGGGGUAGCGCCCACUAAGGCCGACACGGCACAUGAGGGAUUGGUGUGGCCGGGGAAACCACCCCCCCCCCCCCGUACCACCUUCUUCUCGCCCAGUGGCAAUGUUUACACAGUGGUGCACCGGCUACUCAUUUGAGGCUGAGUCGACCUAGGGGACGCCUGGGACCGGCUCCCUAUAUAUUCGUCGCUGGUGUUGGUGGCCUUGAGCGGGAAUCGGGUUCGUAAGCGCAACGCGCCUAACCACUACGCCACCGCUCCACUCCCCGCUCCUCAGUGACGCACGCACAGAGGGACCCGCCUCCACGUGGCAAGGGACUGGAACCCUACGGCUCACGAGCCACCACGAGGGUAGCCACACACGACGCUCGCAAAUAAUUGUAUUCGUCACUGCAAGCAACUUCAGUUCAUUUAGCUCUGCACUAAUCGGGUUCUAGAGGGAGGGGAUCUUUUAGGCUUGGCAUCGUCAACUGCAAACACCGCGCUUCUCGUAGUGCCACACACAGUGCAUGCCCCACGCCGGGUUGUGACGAACCCCACUCCGCGUUCCAUCGUGAAUGCUCCAUGCCGGGUCACGGUUGUGAACACACCACUCCAUAAAUUUCGAUUUAAAGCUUUCGUGACUGCAGGGAUUCAUCUUCUUGGUUCUUUCGGUAAAGUGACGGAGAAGGGAAAUGAUAAAAUAAUAAAAAUAAAACAUAAUAAAAUAAUUCUCACGACGUUUAGGCUACAACGCAAGCAGCCGUCCUCAGGUGAGGACGGCUGCUUGCGCUGUUUGCGUUGUAGCCGAAACGUGAGAAUUAUUUUAUUAUGUUUUAUUUUUAUUAUUUUAUUAUUUCCCUUCUACGUGACUUUACCGAAAGAACCAAGAAGAUGAACACCACUCCAUGUUCCAUCAAGUCCACGCCAUGCCGUGUUGUGGUGUACUUUUUUUUGUUUGUUUCACGAAAUGGGUUAUCGCUUAGCGAGGUUCAUGAUAAUUUUCCAAAUAUAAAUUUGUAUCGUCUUGUUUCAUCGUUCGUUAGGUUGCAAAAUGCGUUUAAAGCAACUUUCCGCUUGAGUUGCGGUGGGGCAAAAUGUGGGUACUCACCACCCCCUCAUCUCUUACAACACACACAUCUGACCAGUGUGGUCGCGGAGCGAGCAAUUGGCAGGACCGCAAACUUUCCUUUCCGCGGUUGAAAAUAUUGCAUCCAGUCCCCGUGUGUCAUUCGAAGAAACAAUCGACGUGUGGUGUCUUGCAUAUAAAAUGUAAAGUCAA